AUGUUGGCCAUGCGACAAGCUGUAGUUGUAAUCUUAAUGCUAACGGCGCUAGAGGCGACUCAACAGUUGGCCACAACAGUUGACGACAAUGGGCAGCCUUUCAGCUGGAACGAAAGCGAUUUGCGCAACAAAGUGCAGCAGGGCGAUGUGACGACAUAUGAGGUGGGCACGCCCAACUAUGAAAUACUCAAUCCAGAGGAUGAGCCCGAGUACAUAACGCAGGAUCAUCCGCAAUACAAGGAAAUGCUAAGACGUCUCACUGGCUCCAGCAAUGGUACAGAUGUCAUAGAUGUGGGCACGCCCACUGCCAGUGCCAGUGCCAGCGCCAGCGCCAGUGCGUCUGCCAGCAACUUGGAUAAAGCUGAGCAGCAGCAGCCAGCAAGCGACAAGUGGCAGUAUGAGAAGCUUAAGAAGCGCAGCUCUGCACCAACAACCGUAACAGCUCCAGCUACAGCUGGGGAUAAGCCAGAGAGCCAGCAGGAUGAAGCCGUGGAAGCUGUGCCCUUGAAUGAAAAGAGUGCAAAUCCCAAGAUACAAAUCUAUGCAGGCGCUAGACCAUUUCAGAAACUAAUUGCCAAUUUAAGUUAA